AUUCUCUAUAGUAUGGUGCUAACUUUGUGUUGUGUACAAACAAAAAGGUCGCUUUCUGAUAAGGGAGGAGUUCUUGGUUGUUGAUUGUGCACGGACGAGAAUUCAUAACUUACUAUCAGCCUAGAACGAAAAAUCGUUUCUGGGUUCAAUCAGUGUCAACGCGAUUCUGGCGAGCACUGAUCGGGGUUUCGUAAUAAGCGCGUUGUGGGGUAACAUGCAGACGGUGCAGAGCCUGAAGGAUGGAAUCUGGAAUCUGCCCAAUACAGUGACUAGUUUCCUUGCAAAAGAGGAGGUAGUUCCCAGCGCGAAUAGUGAUGAUAGCAGCAACAAUAAUAACAACAACGGGAGCAGCAAAUCGAUGACUAAUAGUGAUGUCAGUGGAAAGAGUAAUCCCGAUCAGAGUAACGCCGAUGAUAUCACCGACAAAUCCGAUUCGGAUGAGGUGCUCGUUGAGGAAGGUGUUGCUUUGGGGACUUCCAGUUCGGUUCUGUCCAGCGAUGAAAGCUCACUGGAACGGUCCCAUGCCAUCCCAUACACACUCAUUAAGGAACAAUGGCAACUGGUGUUGGAUCAGGAAGAAACCGUCACUAUUCCUCAGAUGGAAUCGGCCAUCCAGAAGUGCAAGGACCUAGUCCUGCAGACUACGGAGGACUCCAUCGAGCGGAAAUGGUUGGUACGGCAUCUGAUCGAGCUGCGACAUCGACUGAGGGAACUUCAGGACGUGGAUAGCGAUCCGGACGCGGAGCCUCCGGACACGAGGGUCAUCCUUGGGCAUCACUUUGUCAAAUGCGGCGGCAAUAGCUCGGCCAAACGAAAGUUACACUGCGACCAUUGCGCGGGCAUUAUUUGGAAUGUGAUGCAGCCGUCUUACGUCUGUGCUGAUUGUUCUUUUGUCGCUCACCACAAGUGCAUACCGAGCGUGAUAAGGAUUUGUGCUCACGUAAUCACCACCGAACGGAACCGUCCGAUCGAAUGCAUCUGCCCGGAGAUAGGACUGGCGUUUCAGAAGUAUACCUGUGCCGAGUGCGGGACGCAGCUUAGCUAUAAUGUUUCUACGGGAUUCAGCUGCUUCGGGGUAGAGCUCAAAGCCGAGAAGCUCAACAGCAUCGUGCCCCGUUUGUGCGACUACUCGGGCCUGUACUACUGUCCGGCCUGUCACUGGAAUGAUACCAGCAUCAUUCCGGCCCGGGUCAUGAACAACUGGGACUUUUUGCCGCGGAAAGUCGGCCGAGCCUCACUGCAGCAGAUCCGGUUGCUGUACGACCGACCCAUCAUCAAUCUGGAACAACGUAAUCCACGUCUGUUCCAACUGGUGGCGCUCAAGUUGGGUGUGGUCAAAAAGCUGCGCCAGAAACUGAUCCAAAUGCGACGAUACUUGAUGGUUUGCCGGAUUGCUGACGAACUGCGACUGGUUCGCGAGAAUAUUGGCGACAGGCGACACCUGAUGCAGAACGUGGACAUGUACAGUGUGGCGGAUCUGGUUGGAGUGGAGAACGGGACACUACUGGACUUUCUACGCAAGGUUCUCGUAGCCUUCGAGCGACACAUUAGGAAUUGUGUGAUUUGCUCCGGCAAAGCCUACAUCUGCGAGGUUUGCAACAACGAUGAAAUCUUGUUCCCCUUCGAUGAUGCUGCCGUUGCUUGCACACGCUGCAAUUCGAUUUCGCACCGAUCGUGUCACGCCCGAAAGAAUCAAAGCUGUUUGAAAUGUACCCGCCUUCGGAUCCGGGAGCAGCAGAUGCGGAACGAAAUCCUGGAUGCCGCCAACGGAAAUUGAAGACGAGAAAUUGAUUCAUGGAUUUGAACUCGAAAUAUUCGCUUUUUGCGCAUUUUAGCAACGUCACCGAAUCUAACGAAUACAGCAAUCGUGCACAACUAAAUUUGCUUUUGAAUUGCAAUAAGUUGG